UCUGUUGCAGAGAAUGGGUCAAAGCAGCUCCAGGGUGGGGUGUGAGGACAGGACCCCUGGACCCUCACACAGCCCCGCUCCUGUCCUGCGCUCUGGCCACCUCCGGGGCUCCCCGCCAGCCAGGAGAUCUGACCAUUCUGUCUCCUUCCCCUUGCGGAGGGACGCUGAUGUUGUUUCUUCCCCAGGUCUGACCUUCUCUGGUCCGACCCCUGAGGACCAUGACCUGGACAUGGCUGACAGUUGUCUGAAUGACCCGUUCUUCCAGAUGAUGGUCCAGGACAUCCCCCAGAGUAACGUGUCUUUAAACCUAUGUGAAAUCUGUCGUCUGAUACUUAAUUGGGUGAAGAAUUGUGUGGGAAGGCAGCGGAUUCAGAUGACCAUUGAAAAGGUUGCGCAGCUGGUGUGCUCACAGUUUCCGCUGGUGGAAAAUCUCUGCAAAGAGACCAUCUCCAAAUAUGUAAACGAAAUCACCCAGAGUAUCCUCAAUGCUCCACCCCACCAGGAUAUCUGCGUGACAUUCAGGCUGUGCAAGUGUCAAGUCGGUCGCUGAGCCCCUGGGACCUCUGACCCCACCCUGGGGAGGAGCACGGAUUCGCCAGCAACCACCACCUGCUUCUGCCCUCCCACACCCAGAGCCCACCCUCCAGUUCCCUCACCUAACUUCUCAGUGCCUCCCCCUGCAGAAGAAUAAAUGUCAUGCAAGCUU